GACGGAUUCCUGAACAAUCCUGAGUCGAUGCCAAUGGUAUCAGAAUUUGAAUGUAGCCACCAAGAUGUUGUAUGAGCUCGUCGCAAUUGUUCGACCCGGCAACCUCGUCGAGGUCAAAGAAAUUGCCCGCACAGCUGGUUCCCUCAUCCUCAGAUCCGGCGGUACCAUCCGCGGCAUACGCAACUGGGGAGUCUCUAGUCUACCAAAACGAACACGCAAACAUCAAGCACAAUACCAUGAAGGACAUUACUUUGUCAUGAGAUACGACGCCUCGAGCAAGACGCAAGAUAACGUACGGACAACUCUCGGGUUAGAUCCACGGAUGAUAAAGUUCAGUUCGGUGAAGUUGGGAGACGGCACAUUGGAGAGUUUGAGUAAGAUUGGUUCGACUAUUCCUUGGACAAUGGAGGAACAUACAAAGGAGAAGUGAGCGGUUGCAUGGUAUCAUUUGUGUUGUAUUAGUAGGCGUCAGAAGGAAAAUGCGAUCAACAUUCCCAUGCCAAAGUAUGGAGGUUGAAUUUACAUUAUAGAAUUGAGGGAUUGGUA